AUGUUUUUGAAUGAGGAAUGCCCAAUCUGUUUGGAGAGGUUUGAAGAAAGCUGCUUCGUGUGUGAGUUGUUCUGUCGUCACACCUAUCAUCUCAACUGCCUUGAAGAGUGGCUGCACGAGAGGCCAGCCUGUCCACUGUGCCAGAAGGAAAUUAAAAUAAGCCUUGAAAGUAGUUACGAUUAUGAGGAGGAGAUGAUGGGGGAUGGUCGUUUGAAGGUCACCAUCAACCUGGUCACCAAUGCUUCAUCAAAUUAA